AUGGGGUGUGUGCUAUGGGGUGUGUGCUCUGUGCCGUGGGUCACUGCCCCCCUGACCCCUUCCCCCCAGCUCAACAUUGGGGCCUUCCUGGCCGAGCUCUUCCUGUGCUUCGAGGUCCUGCGGCCCCCGUUCGUGUGCCCCCGAGAUCUGGGGGGGGGCUCAGAGGCGCCGGCUGCCGGGGAGGCUGCGACCCCCAAGAGCAGCUCCCCCGGCUUCACCUUCCGGCACCCACUGCUCUCUGGGGGUCACCCCCCCAACCCCCUUCGGGGGACCCCAGCCCCUCUGCCCCACUCCCCGUCUCUGCCCCACGGCGAUGGCAGCUUCAGCAAAGCCUGGAGCAAGAAACCAUUGAGCCACCCGCUGUCGCAGGCCGUGUCCUUCAGCAUCCCCUUCGGGCUGGACAGCGACGUUGACAUCGUGAUGGGCAACCCGGUGGGGACGGCGCUGACCCGCUCGGCCAGCAGCGACAGCCUGGCCCUGCCCCAUAGCCUGCCCCAUAGCCUGCCCCACAGCCCCCCCACAGCGCCCCACAGCGCCCCCAACGGGCUCCCCGAGCUCCCCACCAUCGAGGAGGCUCUUCAGAUCAUCCACAGCUCCGAGCGGCUGCUGCCCGAGGGCGCCCCCGACACCUUCUACCUGCACUCCCCUCGCCCCGCUGUAGAUGUGGGGCAGCCCCACAACCUCCUCCCGAGCCACGCGUCCAGCCCCACAACCUCGGCGCCAAGCAACGGCCGCACCAUGACCAGCUUCGCCGAGCGCAAGAAGAAGCUGGAAGAGGCGAGCGGUGGCGGUCAUGGCCAUGGCCAUGGUGUUGGCCAUGGCCAUGGCCAUGGGGCUGGUCAUGGAGGUGUGGGGCACGGUCACGGCGUCGGUGAUGGUCAUGGGGGUCACGGCGUCGGUGACGGUCACGGGGGUCACGGCGUCGGUGAUGGUCACGGUCGUGGCGAUGGCCAUGGCGUUGGCGAUGGCCAUGGUCAUGGCGUUGGCCAUGGCGAUGGCCACGCAGCCCCCACCGACGGCACCCCGGUCGCUCGCUCAACUUCCACCCCACCUUCCACCGCCUCCCCCCCGGUGCAGCCCUGCCCCAUAGAGCAGAGCGGGCCCCACAGCGAACCCUUGAGCUUGGAGAUGUCCCAGUUGGGCGCGCGGCUGGAGGAGAAGCGCCGCGCCAUCGAGGCGCAGAAGCGCCGCAUCGAAGCCAUCUUCAGCAAGCACCGGCAGCGCUUGGGCAAGGACGCCCUACGGCAGCUCCAGGCCGAGCGGGACCCCCCCCCUAGCCCCCCAAAAGCACCCAUGGGUGCCCCCCAUAGCGCCUACGAGGCGGCGGUGGCGCAGCUCAGCACCGCGGUCAGCAGCCUCCAGCUCGACGUCCUUCGCCUCAACCAACAGCAACAACGCUUGCUCCAAGAGGCACCGCGGCCACCGGCGGCCACCGCUUGGGUGAUCCCGGUGGCCAAAGGGAGCCGGGGGGCACCCCAAGGGGUGUCGGCACCCAAGGGGUCUCCGUCGGCCCACGGCCGCCCGCGGGGCCCGCGCCCCACGGAGCUGCGGCGGGUGCUGACGCCGCCGCAGGACGUGGACACGCUGCCCCAUCGGCGCAAGUUCAGCGGCGCCACGGUGCAGACGCGCUCGUCCAUUCACUUCUCCGAGGAGGAGGAGGAGGAGGAGGAAGAGGAAGAGGAGGAGGAAGAGGAGGAAGGAGCCCCAAAAGGGGCCCCAGAAGCGCUGCAUCCCGGGGGGGCCACGCGGGUGUCCGGGGAUGGCACCAGCGACGUGUCCUCGCCCGGUGAGGGGACCAUGGGCAGGGGGGCGCAAGAGGAGGAGGAGGAGGAAGAGGAGGAGGAGGAGGAGAUGGAGGAUGGAGAAGGGGACUCGCUGGAGGGGUCGCCCACCGAAGGGGGAGCCGAGGAGGAGAGGGGAAGCCCCAGGGGGUUCUUCAAG